CGCUGAGGUUGAAGACAAUCUAGUACCAAGGCUCGCCUGGUCGUGGAAAAGCGCUAGUCUCCCUCUCGGCAUGAACAGAGCCGUCUGGUCUGACCAAAUCGGUCUUUUUCCACUUACAAAGAAUAUCACAAGACACUUUUAGUCAUAUUCAAAAUGGUCCUAGCAGACACACCAACAAUGAACAAUCAUCGACAUCAUAAUAAUUAUGGUCGAUGCAUAAGAAAAAAUGAUAACAAUCAAGAAAUCUUAAUAAAAAAUUUUAUCGAAGGUGAAACUGUUUUCUACAGUCUGGCUUUACUUAGAGGUUUUGCGCCAGUUUCCUGUUCCAGUAUUUUGAUUCGAGGGCGUAAAAAUCUAAAUACCCAAUGGCCAAUAAUAAAUGGAGAAUUUCGAAUUCUUGUAGAACUAACAAGAGGAAUCAAUGAAUUAGAACUGGAAGCUGGACGUGCGAAAACAAAAUUCACUUUAAUUCAUGAACCAAGAGAUACAAGAUUAAGAGUCACUCCAGUUUAUGUAAUUUGCUCUGGACACGAUGGAUAUUUUCAGGGACCUAAGGAAGAAGAUCGUUCUCCGGAGAGUGCAGCAACAAGAAUUGGUCUGGGAGCACGUCUUCUUCAAAGCCUAACAGCUGAAAAAUUAUAUGAAGCUGGUUACGGGAGAAAAACUUUCCAGUUAGAAAGAGACCUCGAUGGACCGGAAUGUUUAGUAAUGCAAAGUACAUUAAACGUUGACCAAGCUCGCCAAAUGUCUCAGAGAGAGCUAUGGGAAGUCAUCGGACGAGAACUAAUGUCUGGCCCCUUAGCGUCGAAAGAUCGGAAGUAUUUAGCCUUUCUCUCGUGCACACGAUAUCUAGGAUCUUCAAAUUCUGGGACUCACAAAGAUACGCUUGCUAGAACCCAAGGUCACGCUGCUCUAGGGGGAGGUGGACUUGCUCUAUUUGGUUCCGCUUGUCUCCAUACGUGGCCCACUUCCAUGGCGCAAGUACUACCAAAGUUUCUUGAUACUAAGAUAAUUGAUGCCGAACAUCUAAUGGAUGACAGUAACUAUAGAGGCACUUAUGGAGGAUGCCUGGCGACAACUUUAGGAUCUGUUCUUCACGAAUUGGGUCAUACUUUCGAUCUCGGACACACUCGAGAAGGAAUCAUGGGCCGAGGUUUCGACCACAUUGAUCGGGUCUUCGUAGGAUUUUCAGGAAUCGAAACUAAUCGUAAUUCAGUAAGAAGAGAUCCUCAGCAUACAACUGUCGCUCUCAGUCGGCAACUUUGUGUCACAGUGACAAUUCAAGAUCAAUCUAACUUUCCUAUUAGUCCAAAAAGAGGACGUUUAAAUUCGGAAAAUUCGACGCGACAUCUUUCCCCAGCAUCUUCUGAUAACAACUUCUCAACUUCUAUUCCAGGAAGACUAUCUGCUCCUGCAAGUCCAGAAUUAAAGAGAACAUUUUUGAAAACUGUCUUUAAUGCUAAUUUUGAACCUCUUGGAUCUCAAUCUGACAGAACUUUUUGGGGUACUUCCUGUGCGACUUUGUUGGCCUAUCAUAGAUGGUUUAAUAAUUAUAAUGAGAAAAUUAGCCAUCGAGAUCAAAAUGACAUUAAAUAUGAUGCAAACAGAAACUUAGUGCGUUCUCAUCAUGGAAUCAGAGUAAUAGAACUACGAGAAUAUUCUGGCGGAAUGGUGGUAUCAUCUAGACAUUUUCAUGGACCUCGUCCUCCAGUGGAAACUUUGGUACCCCCUUGUUCACACAACGUGAUUGCAGCUUUAAUGCUUGUUGUUGAAGAUUCAGCUGGAAACAUUCUUAAACAUUUUCUUCCAACUGCCUUCUAGAGCUAUUUAUAAGAAAAACAUUUUUACAGUACGUAAAGCUUAAGAAUAAGUUUUUAAAACUACCUCAAGCAGUUUUCUCACUGAUGAAAUAUUCACAUUACCAAUGUUCACAAAACUGUUUAGUGCUAAGAUAAGUUUUAAUAAAAUAACUAAGUUCGGAAUAAAUUAUAUUAUUAUUAGUUCUUAUCAGUAUUAAAACAAAGUGUAAUUAUAUUUAUGCUAUUUAAUUUGAGCUAUUUUUUAUAAAGAUUAUAAUGUAGAUUAAAAGCUUUCCGCUUAAUUUUUAUAGUGAAAAUUGUUAGCCUUUGAUAAAAAGAAAUUUUUUAAGAGAUUUUUCUCCAGCAAAAAUAAAAUUUUAUUUUACAUUUUUAGGCAAAUAUUAAGUUUAUAAAAUUCCAUGUUACUAUUAAAAAGCCAAAGAAUCUUAUCAAAUAAAUUCUAUAAGGUACUUUUAUUUAUUUAGAAAAUUGAAGUCAAUGAUAUCUGUAACUAAUAUUUUAUUUUGAAGUAUCCGUCGCCGAUUUUUCUGUACGCCAACUUGUUAUUUUUAUACAGAAUUAGAGAUGGUAUAAAAAUUUGUCCCACAUUGCUUACUGUUAUAGAAAUACUUCCAGAAUGAUCAGUUAUAAGUUUAUAUAGUGUAUUGAGCAUGAAUAGAAUUCCGACCCACGCGCUACAUGAACAUUAACUUACAAGUAACACUACCCAAGUGUCAAACUAGGAUCAACUUUUACCAUAAAUCCAAGGUAAUAGUCGAUCCCAGUUUUACACUUAUUAGUUAUUCUGAACAUACUCUAAAAUUCACAGCUCACAUUAAAAAUUUAAAAGUUUCACUGUUAAAUCUAGAUUUCCACAAAACCAAACAUGAUAAAUAUUUCUAUUUAAAUGAUAUUGUUAAUGAAGCAAAAACUGUUAAAAAUAAGCUACAUUUUUUAUUACACCGUUAAAAACAUUCACUAUGUUUCAAAAGACAACAGUCAUCGAUAUCAACAAUAGAAUAUGCCUAAUUUAUCAACUUGUUAAACAUUAUGUUAGUAUCUCAUCUGUUUACUUAAUUGUUAUUUAGUGCUAAAGCUAAUCCAUCUUUACUGUUAAAAACAUUGUACAACAACAGGCUUCGAUUCCCUUAAUCUAAAAAUAAACAAAUAUAUAUCAAACAGGCUUCAUGAGACUAAAUCGCAUAUAACUUUAUAACUAUAGAUAUAAUUAUUCCAGUGGGCAUGUAACGUCUUGAAGAUGUCCCUUUUUGUCAGCGGACAUUGAUGGCAAUGUCUCCGAGACAUCAUAAAGACAAAUAACAGACGACUCUAAACCCUUUUCUCUAAUAGAAUCCCAAAAGUAUAUUUCACAAACACACUACGUAAGUUGCUGCUAUAGCAACAUAACAUAAGCUAAAAUCAACAAAACGCUUUUCCGAAAUAUGCUUUUAGAUCCUAUUGGAGAAAGGUCUUAAGCAGUUUUUACAAUAGACCUCAAAUGCAUGUGGGUGGCAGCGCUGGGAUUGACACUGGCACUGAUACUUGCAUCUACAUUGGCAGCAAUUGUAGAAGCUUCUUAAGACAUUCAAUAUCUGAUCCCAAAAAUAAAUAAAAUAUGCAUAAACACACAGAAAAGGACUUCUAAAAGACGUCUUCUCACAUUCCUCCA